GCUUCCAGGAAGUUGAUCCUUUCGACCGCGCGUGUCGAAGCACACUUGCGCUGUUACCCUUGCCAUUCGACGGGCUCCGUACUGCGCCUUAUUCCACCACCUUUGCAGCGUCACCAGCUAGCGGACACCAAAGAAAGCUGUCGUGUGCAUACGCCUGGCUGUAGAAGUGACCACACCUUGCGCGUGUUGACCCACUGGCUUCCUUGCCCAAGUUAAGACUUCAAGUGGGCUUGCCGGCAUAACAGCCUCUUUAUACCGUGAGUUUCAUCCUGUGUGUGGUACUGACGCUUUAUUCUGCAACGUUGUGGAGUUUCGUUCACGUGUACCAUCAGCGAUGGAUGACACGCCCAAGUUCGGAGGGGUGGAUUACGCCGUGUUGGGCGCGAUGUUGUCCGUGUCGUCGGGCAUCGGACUGUACUUCGCGUGGCGGGAUCGGCGCGACCAGUCGAACCAGUCGUUCCUGCUGGGUAACCGGCAGCUGGGCCUCCUGCCGGUCUCGCUGUCCAUGAUGGCUAGCCUCCAGUCGGCGACCACCGUGCUGGGCUACCCCGCCGAGAUGUACUACCGGGGCACGCAGUUCUGGGUAGCCAUUUUCGGACUGGCCAUCUCCAACGUCAUCGCGGUCGAGGUCUUUCUCCCAGUGUUCUACAGGCUCCAGUUGACCAGCGUCAACUCGUACUUGGAGAUGAGGUUCAACUCGAUCGCAGUUCGUCUGCUCGGUUCGCUGUCAUUCAUCGUGAACACGAUGCUGUACAUGGGAGUAGUGCUCUACGGACCGUCGUUGGCAUUAGAAUCAGUCACCGGCUUUCCUGUGUGGUCAUCGAUCGUGGUCAUUGGUUUGAUCUGCACGCUGUACACUGCGCUGGGUGGCAUGAAGGCCGUGGUAUGGACAGACGCCUUCCAGAUGACCGUCAUGCUGGUAGGCAUGCUCAGCGUCGUCGUGUGGGGUGCCAUGAAGGUUGGCGGUCUCGGUCAGGUCUGGGAAACGGCCGUCAGCGGAGGUCGAGUGCAAUUCUUCAACACGCAGUUGGACGUCCACCAUUCGGGCUCACUGUGGACCGUCCUGUUCGGCACAACUUUCGUCUGGCUCGCUUCGUACGGUACCAGCCAGACGCAGGUACAACGAUUCUGCAGCGUCUCCAGCAUCAAGAAAGCCAAGACGGCUCUGUAUAUAAACAUUCCGGGUGUCAUGAUAAACAUCAGCUUAAGCUGCCUGGCGGGAUUGGUGAUAUAUGCACACUACGCCGACUGCGAUCCUCUCAAGGCAGGCAAGAUAUCCAACCCUGACCAGCUUGUGCCCUACUUCGUAAUGAAGACCAUAAGCGGCGUGCCCGGUCUUCCUGGUCUGUUCGUAGCUUGCGUCUUCAGCAGCGCUCUCAGCACGCUCUCCUCGGGUUUCAACUCGCUGGCCGCCGUCACGUGGGAAGACUUUCUUGUUCGCCACCUCAGUCUCACCCCUCGCCAGGAAGCGUAUGUCACCAAGAUCGUAGCUGCCCUCUACGGACUGCUGACCAUUGGCCUUGCCUUUGUCGCCGGUACAGUGGGAUCCAUCCUCAAAGCAGCCUUCGCAAUGUCUGGUGCUCUGUCUGGUCCUUUACUGGGUGUCUUCACGAUGGGACUGCUCUUUCCGUUAAGCAAUAAGAAGGGUGCCCUGGCGGGCCUGCUACUGGGCGAGGCCAUGUGCAUGUGGGUGGUGGUCGGGUCCCUGCUGUACGGUUCGCCGAGCGAGGACCUUCCUACGUCCGUCGAAGGGUGCGAAGCCGGGCCGCUUCCAGCCGUCGGCGGUCACUUCAACGUGUCGCGGCACCGGUCACCGGUGGAGCCACAGGGACUUCUCAAGCUGUACCACCUGUCAUAUUUAUUCGUUCCCGUCCUGGGGUUCUGCGUCACUAUGGCGGCGGGCAUCAUUGUCAGCAUCCUUACAGGAGGUAACGGACGUACGAAGGACGCCCACUUAUACGUGAAACGCGUCGCCAGAAGCCUGAUGGUCGGCGAGGAAAAGGCACAGGAAUUGGACAACCUAAAGGUGAUACCACACAAAGCAACGGGGCAUCAAGCCUGGCCCGGGGCAAGCAGUCGACUAUAGGGCGAACAGAGCGACACUCCUGGGAAGGGCCAAUCCAGCCUAUGGUUGCCGCUGCCACAUACAGCGAAGGCUCUGUGCGACGAAUUUGCAUUUAGAUCAUGCACGCCCAUGACCGACGGACGGCGUUACGUUCUUGUGAACAUUCGGCUAUACCUCGAGGACAGAGCAAAUGUACAUUAGUACGAUCCCACAGAUUGCGACGACACCAAGAUACAAUGGAGCUGAUGUUGGUGCAAGAAAGAUUUACGUUGACGCGCACUUUGAGUGCUACCCUUCAGAACAUCAACUCCUGCGGUGCUUGAAGGCCAGGGCUUGUGACAGCCUAUCCGAGGACCGGCUGCGUGUUCCCGAGCAAAGAGGAGGGUUCGCCUAUUGUGUGCUUCUAAUCCUUCUGUGACGCUUCCGUUCGGUCGGUGUCGAGCGGACGGUGGUUAGAGGCGGACAGCGGGGAAGCCCUUGUGCCCAUUUCACAUUGGCUAGCCUUCGCCGCAACGAAAUUGAUUUCACACGCACACACACGCACGCACCCCCCCCCCCCCCCACACACACACACACAAAAAAAAAAAGGCAGUUUGUGCACGUGUAGAUGCCGGUGAGAACCAAAAGAGGUUUGGUUGAAUCCAAAAUCUGCCAGUGAUUAAUAAUGAUCAAGAAAAUGAACAACGCGCUAUUAGGUAUAGCGCCAAAGUGCUUUAAAAAUGUUAAUCAUUGCUGAGAGAAAAUGGGAAGAGCUGAUCGGCUGAAAAGUUGCGAGGAACUCGCGUAGCCUUUUUGCACGAUUAAGGUGGUUUUAAAACAUCUCUGGUAAAAUUAAAUGCACUUAAAUGAAAGUAGCGCGCUUGUGCGGCCGCUGGAGGGUAGCGCGUACAGCCAGGGACUUCAGUGACGUAUUGGAGAGGCGGAACUUGCCAGACGUCACACUGGAGCAUCAACGAGAGUCACGCUGGAAGAGCGGCGCGCUACGAGUGCACGAAGUUGGGAGAGAAUCAAGGACAUUGCCGGGCAUGGAGCUCCCUAUAAAAAUUAUGAGGAGUCUGACGCUAUAGUGUCUUUGGGUUGCGGCAAGUAUGGCGCUUCAGUCAACAUAGGAACUAUGUGUAGCGCAUGGAUUUGGGACUUAAUUACUUCGUCCUUCUGGCUUCGAAUUGCUUUGUGAUUUUCAAAUCGGUAAUUUUCAACAACAUGCUGCGUUAUGAAUGCAACAGUUCGCAAAUAUUACCCGCCGAGGUUGCUCAGUGGCUAUGGUGUUGGGCUGCUGAGCACGAGGUCGCGGGAUCGAAUCUCGGCCACGGCGGCCGCAUUUCGAUGGAGGCGAAAUGCGAAAACACCCGCGUACUUAGAUUUAGGUACACGUUAAAGAACCCCAGGUGGUCGAAAUUUCCGGAGUCCUCCAUUACGCGGCGUGCCUCAUAAUCAGAAAGUGGUUUUGGCACGUAAUACCCCAUAAUUUAACGUUCGCAAAUAUUACGCAUGUGCACAGAGACUAAUUGCUUUGCGUUGUUUAGAAAGUAUGCUGGACAUUCAGAAAGAUAGAGCGUAACAAGCAACGUCACAAUAACGUCUGAAGCCUCAAGCACGAAUAUUAGACCAAUUCACGCACUAACCAUCAUACCCAUGGUAGCUGAAAGAUCGCAGCGCCAGAGUUCCCUUUCGUAAGAAAGAAACGCAUGUAAGAAACUCUAAUUUGCGACGUGGCAUACGAAAUUAGGUGGCGCGUUAUCGCGUCGCUGUCCUUGGAGGCCAUGAUUGCGGGGAGUUGAGGGGCAGGAGAGUGCCACUUAUUAGCAGACACCGUGUUUGGAAUAUUAAAGGUUUCAUAAAACUACUAGGGGCUAUUUGAAGCUUCCCGGUUUUUAUUGCAGGGGGCCAAUAUAGGCAGGUUGCGAACGUAGUUCCCGCGCCAACUAGGGCGCCCCUCGCGGCGGCGAGCGCGGAACCGGCAGGAUACGACCGGCCCGCUUGCGUUCGGAAAGCCUGUCUGUGCACUGUUUCGCGCGUAGCUGUUGCCUUUUCUGAGCAAUGCCGAAGUGCAACCCGAGCUGUUGAGUAGUGGGCUGCAACAGCACGUACACCAACUCACGAGGAACAAAGUUUUACAGGUUUCCAAGCCGACCGUAUGAAGCAGAACAGCGUCAACACUGGAUAGCACUCGUCCGACGGCAUAAGCUGUUUUAUGUUGCGGCGUUAUGCCAAGUGCGUUAUAACGCUGAGUUAUUUGCUUUUACAGCAAUGAUGGCAGCAACGCGACACCUGCAGUCAGUGGCGUAGCUAGGUCGUCUGGCACCCGGGGCCCAUAGGUCUUCUGUCACCCCCCCCCCCCCCGGGUUUAUUCGGGGAAGGCGAGGAUAUCAACAAUUUCCGCUUGUCUUCAGACGUAAAUGACCCCCCCCCCCCCCCCCCCCCCACUGGCCCCGUUGCUACGCCACUGCCUGCAGUGCGUACCAGGAUAUGCAGCAAACAAAGUAGUUUUUUCCCACACUGUACCGCAGUAAAGCUGUGGAACUAUUUCCCAAUCCUCUCCCAUUCAAACAGCGCUAGGGCGUGCAGCCGGCUGAGCUGGCAUACACUUCUGCGCCCAGCAUAUCAACUAAGGGGCAGUUGAGAUCACCAUAAUUUUUGACAACGUGGUUUAUUGGAGCCUCCUUUGCACGCACUGAAAAAUUGCAACAUAAAAGUAUCGCACUUCCAGUAACUUGGGCGAAAAUAUUUUCCCAGCGUAGUCUAACACAACUGGUAAGUUCAUCCCCUUUUUUUGUGUUUGGGGAGAGCAACGUUAGAAUACCUCUGGUAGGUCUUACGAGUCGUUCGUACGCCCCACGUUCUUGGAUGAGAUGUUUUGGAUUCGUAUUUGCCGUCCUGUAUGUACAGGGAAACUACCGCGGCGUUCUUGCGCUUCCCUGCGAUGCUAGCACGGUAAUCGCAGCUCCCCGCUAGGAUUUGUCUGCUGUCGCCGAUCUUCAAGAAUCAAUGUCGUCUAUAAUUUCAUGCGUCCACACCGUAGAUAACGAAGUAACUUACGCUGAGCUUCACGCAUCUCGCUGGUGCAUUAUUUUUCGUUUGCGGAAUAAACCUAGCAGUCACUUCCGAUCAGCGCGAGUUCAACACUUCCCUCACGUCGUAGACGUGCCCCACUUCAAGUAGACGACUUCCUUUCUCUAAAUUCUUUUCACGAAAAAAGCUAUGAAGAUCUUGUAAUUCCCGAAACCCGGUUAAAAUUAAUAUCGGCACGCUGUUUCGCGCCAUCGCUACCGUUUGAGAGGGCGCCAAACACGCAGCGCGAGCCGCUGACGCCGUGAGUAAUCCUACCACAUUCGCGCAACUAUUCGUCAGAUGGCGCUAGGGGUCGGAAAGACAGGGCGCCGCCUAGCACUUGCGACAUGCCCAUAGACGACUUUCAUGAGAGGACAUGUGCACGGUGUCAUUCCCUACAGCUAAAGCGAAAACGAUAAAAUUAUGGUAGCUAGAAGGGGACAGUGCGACGGGUGGGAGCCGGUGGGGCGCACAGAGGAGCGAUGAAAGUUGUAGACGGCGCUACUUGCAGCUGGCGUACAGCUUUCGCGGCUUUUUAAAGGGGCGGCGCACGGCAGCCAGCAUGCGCGUCGCGUUCACUUUGCGUCGCGUUUGAAUUUUUAAUGUAGUAAGCGUGUAUAAGCAAAUGGAACUCCCUGCCGUCCAACAUCGCCGAUAUAUCAGAGCCUUCAAUAUUUCACUCAGCGCUCCUGGGCUAUUUACAAAAUGAAAAACAUUGAUAACCCGUAUCUGCUUGUCUUCGUUUUAUAUACAGUCUUUGUGCGCUAUAUGUAUGCAGUGUUCUUUCCAAUGUAUUUAUGAUCGGUGUUUUACUGGCUGUUUAACGAAAUGUUCUAUACUUGUCUUCAUUGUAUUUGGUUGAUUUCUUUUAACAUGCUAUUCUGGACACCUUGGUUCGAAUGAACUUGCUGUUCCUUCUUUCUUA